AAAUGGAACCGGAACUACACUAAUCCGGAUCUUGUUCACGGGAACGCAAUGAAUGUUGCACCGCAGCGGAAACUGCUGGAGCUGUUUGAAAUGGAUUUUAAUACAAUGAACGGUUGUUCUUGGAUACGGACGCUUCAUCGCUGACUUUGUAUAUAAACGACUAUGUCGCUUAGGCGAAUUAAACAGAAAUCGCAAAGUCUUUCUACUGCCUGGUCUGGCCUGGAUUGAUGAUGUCGAUGGCAGGCUGCUGUCAAUAAGCUGGUUGCAUUCAAAGGAAAGGCUUGUGUGUCCUGGGCUGUAAGGUGAAGUUCACCACCCACUCUGUUUUUGGUGUCACCUCUAUACAAUGAGAAUGAAGCUCAAACUGAAGACUGUAUUCCUGCUCUACUUUAUGGUCUCCUUACUGGGCCUCAUCUAUGCCCUCAUGCAGUUAGGCCAGCGCUGUGACUGCAGAGAACAUGACUUGCCUAAGGACCGAACCAUCUCCCAGUUGAGAGGGGAGUUACAUAAGCUGCAAGAACAAAUAAAAAAAUCAGAGGCAUCAAAAGCCUCCAGGCAGUCUAAUUUGCCUACAAUCUAUGUAAUAACACCUACCUAUGCAAGACUGGUGCAGAAGGCUGAGCUCACACGCUUGUCCCACACUUUUCUGCAUGUACCUCAGCUCCACUGGAUCGUGGUGGAGGAUUCUCCCAGCCCAACCCAGCUAGUGAGUAACUUUCUGGCUGAUUCUGGACUGACCUACACUCACCUACACAUGCUGACGCCUAAAGACCGGAAACUGCAGGAAGGUGACCCUCACUGGCUGAAGCCUCGUGGGGCUGAGCAGAGGAACGAGGGUUUGCGCUGGCUCAGGCAGAAGGCUGCUGCUGACGGGGGGAAAGGGUUAGCCUUCGACAGUGCUGUAAUCUACUUUGCUGAUGAUGACAACACAUAUAGUCUGCAGCUCUUUGAGGAGAUGCGUUACACUAAGAAAGUCUCCGUUUGGCCGGUGGGUCUGGUGGGGGCUAUGAAGUUUGAGCGGCCUGUGGUGGAGAAUGGGAAGGUGGUUCGGUUCCACACCGGCUGGCGACCCAACCGUCCCUUCCCCAUUGACAUGGCUGGCUUUGCUGUCUCCCUGAACCUGGUGUUGGCCAAUCCUGAGGCUUGGUUUGAUGGCAAUGCAGAGAUGGGCUUCCUGGAAAGCAGCUUCCUGCAGAACCUGGUUACUAUGGAGGAGCUGGAGCCCAAAGCUGACAUGUGCACUAAGGUGCUGGUGUGGCACACACGCACUGAAAAGCCAAAGAUGAAAAGGGAGGAGGCUCUUAUAAAGCAGGGGUUAGGAUCAGAUCCCAACGUGGAGGUAUAAGCUCUAAGAACACUCUCCAGGAACAACCUGGUACAUCCCAGUUACAAAAACACAUUUUGCUGUAGUGUUAAACUGAGAACAUUCUUCUUUCUUCAGUAUGGGAGGUCCGUUUACUGUUGUCCAGGAAUCAUGACACUGUAUGAAUAACUGGAUGGUUAUCAUAAUUGGGUGUAUGUAUUUGUGUGCAUGAAUGAAUGCAGUUUUCUAUUUAUAUGUCUAUUUAUCAUUCAUGGUAUUAUGUAGAACACAUGUAGAUGGUCCAUGUUUCUGCUUCAUGCUGGUAAAUGUUUGUCUUGUACAAAAACAUGUUAUUGCUAUGAUCAGGGGAGACAAUAAAAAAAGUAAUUCUGGGGUGGGGAUGAUUCCAAAGGGCCGGAGUUAGCAAGAGAAGCCAAGUGGCUCAAUGGAACUAUAGGGAACCAAAAUCACCAAAAAUUGUACUAGCUAUAUGCAUCUUUCAAAAAUGGCUUAAAAUAAAAGACAUUUUACACAAA